GGGGAGAAGGUUUUUGGUGAAACUGAAACCGCUUAAAGCCUUAAAUUAUCUCCGUCUCUUUCUCUCUCAGAGGUUCCAUAGCAGCCAGGCAUCACGCGGGGCGUCCUGUUGCCUAAAAGUAGUCCCUUUCUUCGCUCCCGGUGCUCUACCAUAACAUUCUCUUCAGCUCGAGAAAAUGACCCCUAAUGAAGUUCCCUCUGGUGUUUCGAGUUGUUAUGUGUUCAAAAGCCGGUUGCAGGAGUAUGCUCAGAAGUACAAGCUCCUAACGCCUAUUUAUGAGACUGUCAAAGAAGGCCCUUCACACAAAUCUUUCUUUCAAUCGACUGUGAUACUCGAUGGUGUCAGAUAUAACUCUUUGCCUGGAUUCCUCAACCGUAAGGCUGCAGAGCAAUCAGCUGCGGAGGUUGCUCUCCAGGAAUUAGCUAAAUCCAGUGACCUAAGCCAAUGUGUUUCACAACCUGUUCACGAAACAGGGUUAUGCAAGAACCUUCUUCAAGAGUACGCUCAAAAGAUGAAUUACGCAAUUCCAUUGUAUCAGUGCCAAAAGAUUGAAACUCCUGGGAGAGCUACACAAUUCACAUGUACUGUAGAGAUUGGAGGCAUAAAGUAUACUGGAGCUGCAACAAGAACUAAAAAAGAUGCUGAGAUAAGCGCUGGGAGAACCGCUCUUUUAGCUAUCCAGUCAGAAUCUAAAAACAACCUUGCCAACUACAGCACUCCGCCUACUAUACUCAACUCCAACAGUCAGCUAACUGUACUUCCUUUAGAGAGGAAGACAUUAGAGGUAGUGAUCCCAGUUAAGGAAACCAUCAAGACUCCGAAAAUCAGGAAGGCUCAGUUCAAGAAGAAAGCUCGGAAAGGAAAACUCAAAGUAGCUAAGGAUAGUGAAGAUGUGAUCAUCCCUCCUCAACCUACCGAGCAUUGUCAAAACGAGCAGUCUGAGAAAACUGAGACAACGCUGAAUCUGGAACCUUCGCCGUGCAUGGAUGAGUGCAAGGAAGUAGCAUUUGAGAGUGUGGAGACAGAAGCAAGCCAAGCAUAACUAUCUCAAGAUGGGAUCUUUGUGAGCUUGUCAUAGUAACUAUUUGGUUGGGAUCUUUGUGAGCUUGUCAUAGUAACUAUUUGAUUAUAUAGCCAGUUUGUGAUUCACAAGUUGAACGGAAAACCAAAAAUAGAAAGGAAAAAGAGAUAUGGGCUCAAAUAUUUGUAUUUUUCUUUUCUUUUUGACAUCGGCUCACUAUUCGUGAAUACAACAACAAUGUAUAAUAAACUUUACAAGUGAUGAUUUUUGUUUGCCA